UGAUUUGCAGAGUCUCACUUGGCUGAGUUAGGAGUUGUUUGCCCAACAGGGUUUUUGUUCUGGUCUACCAAAAACUGGAAAAACCUGUUAGUGUACAAGUUGUUUUGGUUUUUCUUUUUCUUUUUUUCCCUCCCAGUCUCCCUCUCCUAUUGGCAGUUACAGCCUGUACACACACACACAAGGUGGUGCUUACCUUUCAUGUGGAAAACUGCCUUACAAAAACUGAAGUUGUUUUUUCAUCACCCCAUUGCUUUUCUGGCCUCAUGAAGACUUUGGUGGAUACCCCAGGAGUUAAACUCUGUUCUCCAUGGAAUGGAGUUUAGGCCGUCAUCUUAUUUUUCUUCAAGAAAAGGGAGGGUGUCUGAGCAUGGCUCAGGUCCAGCCUUUUCAGUAAUAUUUGAUAGACUGGGAGAUCCACAAUGAAAUCAGCUUUGUUGCGCAAUGUAGCUUUUUGGUUGCUGAAGCUUGUCUCCUUCUCAGCAGUUGUGCAUAGUGUUGUGCUGACAUCUGUAACACCAGACAAACACCAAGGCAGCACGUAAGUGCAAAACGUGGACAAGUUGGGGAGAAAUUUUUUUUUUUCCCUUCUCUUUCGUUUUCCUUUUGCUUUGUUUUGUUUUGUUUGUUUCUCUGCUGGUGGAGCAAGAAUGGGUCAGCUGUGUGGACGGUGCAUGCAGCUGCUGCGUGACUUCAUGGCCUUCGUUCAGAAGAUAUCCUCAGAGCUGGUGCGCAGCAUGAAGGAAUGCUUAGCUCUGAUAAGUGACUGCUCGUGCUUGAAACAGAAUGGCUCAAAAACUAGGCAGCUGUACAAGCCCAUCCUGCAGCCUCAUGAGCGGGUGACAGCACAGGAAUUUCUGCAGCGAAUUGAAAGAGGUUUUGAAAUGUCACCACUGGGAAAGGACCCUCUGGAAGCCUUGAGGAUCUUGGCUUUUUCAGAAAACCCAGGUCUACAGCAGUCUGCUGCCCUCUAUUAUUUGCAUAUGAGCCAGCACAUGAAUGUUCCCCUACCAGCAGAGCAUCUGGAGCCCUUCUAUGCCUUACUACGUUCUGCUGACCUGGAGGUGCAACAAAUGUCUUCCUUGUCCCUUGUCAACUUUUUGCUGGAAGGAAAUAUUGACAAGGAAAUGGUUGUCCAAAUGGGUUUACUUGAGCCAAUUCUGGAUCUGCUUGAGUCAGAGGAUCCCACUGUCCAGUGUAAUUCCUGUGCCUGCACAAUGACUUUGGCUGUUUCAGAGUCCAACCGACUGGCUAUUGGCACUGCUGGAGGAGUUACACCUUUACUGUCUCUUGCCAAUUCCUAUGAUCCUAGAGUGCAACAAAAUGCAGUUGGUGCUAUUCUCAACCUGACACAAUCAGAGAGGAUCCAACUGGUCUUGUGCAAGGAAGGAGCCCUGCCAGUUCUCACCUUGCUGCUGGAGUCCCCUGACUCAGAAGUGCAGUAUUAUAGCUGUGCUGCCCUAAGCAACAUAGCAGCCAGCGCUCAGCACCAUGAGGCCAUGCUGAGAAUUGGUGACAGAUUCCUGCUGCGCACACUCAUCUCUCUUCUGUCCUCCUCUGUGGGCAAGGUUUCAAGCCAGGCAUGUGUUUGCCUAAGAAAUUUGGCUGCUGGGGCAGAAGCACAGGCCGAGCUGGUUGCUAAGGAUGUCCUGCCCAGGUUGUGCUCUCUCCUGGUGUCCAGCAGUGAGGAUGUGAAUCGUGCAGCCGUCGCUCUGCUCUGGGUGCUGUCCCAGUACCCACACAACCAGGAUGCUCUGGUGUGCACUGAGCUACUGCAGAGCCUGGGGAUGCUCCUGUCAUUGCACACAACAGACCCUGUGAUUGCUGGCCAUGCUGCUUGCAUCAUCAGAAACCUGAACCUUUCCAAGAACAGUACCAGAGUCAUUGAAAGCCCAUGCGUUGAAGGUCUCCUCCAUACUAUGCUUUCUAUUGACAUUCACGAAGACUCUCUUCAUUAUGUGACAUCUUGCCUUGCUGAGCUGGCAAAGCAAGAAGGAGUCACGAUACACAUGGUCAAAUGGAUGAAUGAACCCUUGACAAAGCGCUUGGUGAGGCUGGCUGGUAAAUGGGAACACACCGAGACAUCCUUUCAAGCUGCCUCCAUCAUCCGGCACAUGAUAGAACAUGAAAAGAUGAUGCUUUUGUUGAAGUACCACAUCACUGAGAUCCAGGCCUAUCUCAGAAAUUUUCUUACCCACCAAGAAGUUCGCUUCCAGCAGCUGGCCAUUUCCACAUUCUGCAGACUGCAGACAGAUCCAGAAUUCUCAUUAGCAUUCAGGAAAAGCCAAAUGGCCAAACUCCUCGAGCAAGUCCGUCAACAGACAGAAGAAACUCAAGAGCUCCUCAGGGCAGCAAUUUGCCAUGCAGACAGUUAAUAUUUAAACUGGAUAGCUUACAAAAACUUACCGGAUCCAGGAGCCUGAACUGUCUCAUUGGUUCCUGUAGCUUAACCACUUCUGUUACUUGCAGUUUCCUGGUAUGAACAUGGUGCACAUCACCUUUAUUAAAGCAGAGAUGUUCUGAUAACAAGAACAGGACCAGGUCAAAAAGCAAAGACAACAUAACAGCUGCAAUGAAAGACUUGUGAAAUGUGUGUAUGAAGACAGAAAUUGAAUGCUAAUGCCGCGUUAGUUCCAUAGGUACUUUCAAAAGGGAAAGCGAACAAAUCUGACAAAAUUACAUGUUGAUCUUAUACUCUGUUAAUUCAUUUUAAAAGAAGUGAGGGGACCAAAACAUGUAAUAGUCUGCUUAGCUGUGAAUUCAACCGUCUUGAAUUCAUGAUGUGUACUACAGGUUCAGACUGCUCCCACCUUCUCUUCUCGAGAUGCAGUGAAUCUGUCUCAUGAAUCUUCUUGCCAAUCAGAACAGUAUUUUUCAGGGAAAAAAAAGAUACCAUAACAAAGUCCACAGCCUUGAACUUAUGUGGCACUGCUUUGGUUUUUGUUUGUUGUUUUUUUUUUGUUUUAAUUUCUAGGAGAAAGCUAAACUAUUAAUAGUUGCCUACUACUACCACUAAUUCAAUACUCAUCUCCAGCUGGCUGGAGCUUCUUGCUGGACUGGUGGAAAUAGUGAAGUUUUAGGACAAUUCAGUUGGCAAAUCUCUGCUCCCAGGCUGCAUGGUUUCUUACAAAAAAAAAAAAAGUACAGCUUUAGAGUUUUAAGAGCUGCUACUGGCUACAAACACGGAAUACAAAUUGAGUGAGAUGUAGAAAAAGAUCUGCCAGCUAAGAUCUCAUUGUAACAUUUAACUUUGGCCCAAAUCUCUAAUCUGAGUUUAGAAGCAGGGGAGACAUUGUAUUUGGGUAAACAGUUCCUCACAGAACUGUUGACUCCAAAAUUACAAAUAACAAAACAGAUGCAAUAGCAGGCAAAAAGCUGGCAGUCAUUCUAUACUGCACUUAUUACUGAAAACCAAUAUUCAGAUCCUCCAGCGUUUAAACCCAGGACUUAAAAUCUAUUUUUUUUUUCUCAUUAUUUUAGACUCUCACACCUACAUCGAAACCCAUCCCGUAGAUAUUAGUUUGCUUGUUGGGUCCUUGAAAGAGAGCAUUUGUUUUUCCCUUUUAUUUGAAGCAAGCCUGGAAUGAAUAUAAUUAUACAUUGUUUUAUUUGCAGUCCAGUGCAAAAACCACAUGAGAAAUGAAACAAGCUCUUCAUCUCUGUGCUUUAAACAGCAAAGCGAGUAUUCUGAUGUCUCAUAAAAAUAGUCGAGAUCAAUGCAGCUUAUGCCUGAGCCUAAACAAUUCCUCGGAGCAAUAAAAAAUGAAGCUAAAUCUUACUGGCAACAUCUUUGUUCUGUUCGUAGCUGUAAGUAAUCCUGUACUGAUUUUUCAGUAACGUGAUCAAAGGAAAACUAAAACCUGAAGAGGUUUUAUGCAUACCAGGAACAUGACGAAGAGUUGUCCCAUCACAGACUGACUCGUGCUUCAAGUACGCGAGAAAAUCAAAGUAGAAACAGAAAUAUUUCAAACAAGUUUUAUUUGGUACUCACAUGCUAUAAAGGUUUAAAGGAAAACUACAUAUUUUGGACACUUUAAAAUAUUGUGGCUAUGUACAUGGAAAAUUAAAGAAAGCGAGAAUGGAACCCAAUUAAUUUUACUGUGUCACAAACUAUUAUUGAAAGCAUUCUGACUGAAUAGCUUCCACGUAUUCUGGCAGAUAAGUCUCUUUUUCUUUGCUUCUCCAUUGCUUUUGUCCCAUCUCCUGUGUAGGAUGAACACUUGGCAGCAGCAGAAAGUCAUUUCUUCAAGAACUCUUCUGCUUUUGACUCAGAAGAUUUCUUCUGCAAGCACAGACUUUCUGCACAGCUUCCUAUAAGCCUAGAUCAGUGCUCACUAAAGGCAAGUGCAGAAAUCUGAGUGGCCAUUCCCUGUCAGCACCAACCCCAUAAACACCCUGUUUCCACUGCCAAGGAUCUACUCAGGGACUUCAAUGAACAACGCAUCAAGCCCUGGUUGAUGUUUCCAACUCAAAUACCCCGUGAGUUCUGCCUGCAACAGCACAGUUUAUCACAGCAUAGAAAGAUGCACAAUGUUACUGUUCUGCUCAACAACAACCAAAAGUGAGGGAUGGCAUAAUGAUGGUAGAAGUAAGCAUCAAACCAAAGAGAAUGCAACCCGCAUUGCUCCUCAUAUCGCUCAAAUGAUAGUGCAUUAUAAAAAUCACACGCGGCAUACAAAGCACAGACGAUGACCAUUUUCCACUUGCUCUGAAACGAGCAAAACCAAAAAAUUCCCCAAAACCUGCUUUAUCAUCAAAAACUCAACUGAUUUCAGGUUUCACACAGUCUUCAAUUGUCUGAUAAGGCAAAGGAAAAGUCUUCCAUCAUUGGGAACAGCAGCAAUUUACAGGACUUAGAACAAGGUUUCUCCCUGUGCAUGUGCACCCGCACGCACCUUUUAUAGUACUGUGAACGUGAAUGUAACCAAAAAAAUAACCAAGUUUGCAGUACCAUUUCAUUACAUUUUUUUCUCAUUUAUUCAAUUAAACAAUUUAUUUCUGUACUGAACAAAAUUCAUAAAUACGUCAUCUAGGAGAACAAUAGGUUUUCCUCUUGUCCAUGAAAAAAUAACGCUUUCACAUUUUAAAACCUGCCUUGUUUUGUGUCUUUAGAGAAAACGUGAGAAGAUCAUAGUGACAUCUCAAUUUACACAAUGUCCCCGUAGGAAUUACAUUUAUAAGAACCUGAUACAGAAGCCGAUACUCUGCCCCCAUAAUUAAGAGUUCUCUGCAAUAAUAUUUAAACCGACUGGUUUAAAUAAAACACCUCAUUAACUCUACUCGUAGAGCAAGGAGGUAUUUAAUUUUCAAGUAUUAGAACCACAAAGUGUAAAAGAUUCGUUGCCAAUUUUACAAUUACUCCUUUUAAACCAACGCCCACCUGAAAAAAAAGAAAAGGAAAAAA